GUGGGGUGGCCGGUUCUGGAACGAUCGCGUUGUCCCUUUCACUUUCUCGAAGGUUUCGAUUCGAAAUAGAAACCCUAGUUAAUGGUGUGCCGACCCAAGCGGGAGGAUGUGUUGCUCCGCGGAGAAGCUUUGCACUCUCUGAAGGUCUCUUCUCAAGGCGGCGAUUCACGGUUUGACAGGCAAGAUCACUGCAAGAUUCCCGGAAAGUCUUUUCUUCAGCGUUAAGCAUCGGAAAUUUUAGUGGGUUAGAUCACCAUGGCAAAGCACCAUCCUGAUCUUAUCAUGUGCCGGAAGAAGCCAGGGAUCGCUAUUGGUCGCUUGUGCGAGAAAUGUGAUGGGAAGUGUGUCAUCUGCGACUCGUAUGUUCGCCCUUGCACCCUUGUCCGUGUCUGCGACGAAUGUAACUAUGGUUCCUUCCAAGGAAGGUGUGUAAUUUGCGGCGGAGUUGGCAUAUCUGAUGCCUACUAUUGCAAGGAAUGCACACAGCAGGAAAAGGAUCGUGAUGGCUGCUCCAAAAUCGUCAACUUGGGAAGUGCCAAGACUGAUCUGUUCUAUGAACGCAAGAAAUAUGGAUUUAAGAAAAUAUAAAUUGUAUUGGUUGUCUUGAUUUGAAAUAUGGUGAUCAUGUAUUUUGAUUGCUAAUUAGCCAAAGUUGCUUGGAGACAGAAUUCUCAAUUUUGAUAACAUGUAGCCAUCUUCUGAGAACUUUAGUUAGGGUUGGAUAUUU